CACUGCUGCGUGUAAUCUUCUAGACUUGGACCUCUCCACCUCACUUCUUCACGCCCAACACACCAAGAUUCAUGUCCAUUGUGUGUUUGAGGAUUUUACUUGUUGCUGCAGUUGGUGUUUGUAAAGAGUGUGAUGGAAAACAAAGCAAAGAGGAUCACUACCUUUAUGGACAAAGGUUUGCUGCAAACAACAGAGUUAUACAAGUAUUUAUUGGAGACGAGUGUGUAUCCACGUGAAGCCGAAUCUCUCAAGGAGCUAAGAGCUCUCACUUCCACUCAUCCCUUGGCCGUCAUGGGUACUGCACCUGAUGCUGGUCAGUUUAUGACCUUGAUCUUAAAGCUAAUUAAUGCGAAAAAGACAAUUGAAAUUGGAGUCUUUACUGGAUAUUCCCUGCUCUUGACUGCCCUUACAAUUCCUGACGACGGAAAGAUUACUGCCAUAGACGUGGACCGGAGUGCUUAUGAGAUCGGAUUGCCUGUAAUUGAGAAGGUUGGGGUCAAGCACAAGAUCAAUUUUAUCGAGUCUGAGGCUCUUCCAAUUCUUGAUCAAUUACUGAAAGAUUUCGAGAAUAGAGAAACCUUUGACUUUGCUUUCGUCGAUGCUGAUAAAGUUAAUUACACAAACUACCACGAGAGAGUGUUGGAGCUGUUGAAACCUGGAGGAAUAGUUAUUUACGAUAACACGCUUUGGGGAGGGACAGUUGCAAUGGCUGAGCACUUGGCUCCGGUGAGAAGGUUGGGAACGAGGAGCGAUGCUAUCGAGUUUAACAAGUACUUGGCAGCUGAUGCUCGUGUACAAAUUUCUCAAGUACCUCUAGGUGAUGGUAUUACCAUAUAUGGUCGUUUGUGAACGACUAGAUGUGAUGGGGUUUUAUUUGGUUGAUGGUGUAUGAGUGCAAUAAAACGACAGAUGAGAUUCUCUAUUCCCAACUUAUGUUUCAUCUCCUACUGAAUUGUUGGAUUAAUGUCGUAUGAACAAAGAAAAUACUAAAAUACGUACUGACAACCUCCACUUCUUCAAUUUCUAAAUAAGAAGCUAGCUCAGUGUCUUUCUAUCCGUUUUUAGCCUCAUAAUUUGUUUGUUAA